AUGUUUGGUCCUAACCGAAAAUCGCUUAUACCGCAGGUUAGCAACUCAGCGCAGCGUUCGUCUAUCGCUCAAACACCUGUAGGAGGGCGUGGACCACCACAUAUAGGAUACUCUUCUCUGCGAUCUUCUAGAGGUGGUACAACUACUGAGCAGCGAUAUAGUUUGGCGAUGAGUGGAAUCCCAUCAACAGCAUCAAAGCGAAGCAGCUCGUUUUUUAAAUCAGUAGCAAAUCCUGGUGUUGUCAAAGAUUCUCGCAAACUGAAUGAUCGUCAUGUCCAGCAGGAAAUGCAACACAAAGUUUUGCAAUAUUUGCUUGAGGAGAAUUUUCCGCAAAUUAAGGAAACACUUGUUAAAAGUCCGACAAAAGCUGAGUUCGCGCGGAUGUUUGAAUUCAUCUUUCAACAGUUGGCACCAGAUUUUACAUUGCGGAAGAUUGAAGAAGAGAUGCCUCGCCUUUUUCAUGUCUUAGGUUAUCCAGUGCAGUUGAAGCCUUCUACCAUAAAAACAAUUGGCGCAGCACAUGCUAUGCCACAUCUGCUUGGAGCUAUCACCUGGCUAAUUGAUUUGAUUCAAAUGCGGGCGGGAAUAUCACCACAAGAUUUACUUCUUGCGAAUGAAGAAGGAGAUGGUCAGAGGAGAUCGUUAUCUUACGGCUAUAUAGUUCGGUGUUAUAAGAAAUAUUGCAAUAAUCCACCAUUGGGAUUCACUAUGGACAAUUAUGAAGAUGAGAACAAUGUUCUUCUUCAACUUAUUGAAGAAGCAGAAGAUAUCGUGCAGCAGGAAACUGAAUUAGAUGCACAGAUUGCCACAUUAACAGAUGAGAUUGCAGAGCUCUCUAAAGAUACAGCAUAGAUCUAUCUAUUGGUGUACAAAUUUAGUGUGUUACAGGGAGAGCUUGAUGAGCUUCAAACAAGCACUAAAGUACUGGAGAAGGAUUUAAAAAACUUACAAACAUUUAAGGAGGAACAACAAGAAAAACUUGACGAAGAAAAAAAGAAAAGGGAAAACUUGCAAAAUGAAAUUCAGCGAUACGAUCCAAUUAUUGCCACUCUUAAAGAACAGCUUUCUGUCAAAGAAAAGCAAUUAGCAGCGCAGUCAAUGACUGGUGAAGAAGCAAGAACUCUUCGUGCUAGAAGAGAAGAGUUAAAAACUCAAAUUGAAAUGGCGAAUAAGGAGCGACAGAAUAUUGAACAGGAAAAUGAUGCAAUUCUUUCCGUUAAUUAUAAGGAAGCUUCUCAAUUACGUGAAUAUUACCGAGCAUUUAUCAGGGCUUUCGAGGAUGUAAGCAGAACUGUGUAUGAGACCUAUGAUCCGUUCUUUGCUUUGCUGGAUCAACAUUCUCCGAAUGAGCCCCAUUUUCCGGAACUUAUGGACGAAAUUGAGUCUCAUGAUUUUACGCUCAAGCGUGAGGAUUGGGAAGAGGAGCGUCGAAAACUAUCCUUGAAAGUGGAUGUGGCACAGAAUGAGCUUGAUAGCUUGCAUACUUCUCGUAAUGGAAAGCUUUCUGCACAUGAACAACUUGCGGAAGCACGAAAGAUGUUGCAAUCUCGACAAAUUGAAUUUGAUGAGACGAAAAAAAAAAUUGUGAAUGAGGUGGCGAUGAAAUUCUCGGAUCUAGUGGGACAGUGGGACCACCUUAAGGAAUGUUAUGUUCAGUUACGUGACGAUGAAAAGUUGUUGCGAGAUGCUUUAAAUAACUUAAUUGAUGACAACACUUAA